AUGCGACGGGCCGCCGCGCUUGUACGGAGCGUGUGCGCUGCCACUGGGAUGUCGAAACAGUCCUGCGACGCCGGUCAGCGCGCUGGAGUGUCCGGCUUCGUCCGCGACUCGACGGCCACUUUAGAUGAUAUCCUCCCCGCUGGACCGCCCAAGCACCAAAGCAGACAAGUGUCCGCGUCGCCGCGCGACGACAAGCUGGCUGAUGUGGAAGUGGAGGUCACGCCGCGCGCACCGGGCCGCCUGGGGUCGUACACGCCCGCCACGAUGAUGAUGUGGCAGGAGAGAAUCGCGCGAGAAGCCCCGGGGUCGCACGCCGACCAGCCAGCCUCCGCCGACGGGGAGCCCGUACUCGAGCCCCGCGCUCCACGCAAGGUGGUGGUCCGGUACCCCGUCUCGACCGUCCACGACCUCCACGAGCUCUACCAGAACCCCUGGGGCUACGUCCGCAUAGGAAGGCUCCUCGAGGACUUCGACUCGGUCGCAGGCACCGUCGCGUUCCUCCACAGCCACGAGAACGCGCACCACCGGCCCGUCCUCGUCACGGCGUCCGUGGACCGCAUCACCGCCCACGGCGAGCUCUGUCUCGAGAAGGACUUCCGACUCGAGGGGCGCACGAUAUGGACGGGCCGCUCCUCGAUGGACAUCCUCAUCCAGUGCAUCGCGGACGGCCAGGCGCAGCCCGUCCUCGAGGCCGUCUUCACCUUCGUCGGCCGCGACCCGGCCACCGGCAAGGCCGCCCCGCUGCCCGCCGUCAAGCCGGAGAGCGCGCUGGACGCGGAGUGGUUCGAGAAGCGACAAAAGGUGAACGACCACCAGAAGGCGCUGCGGAAGGCGCGGCAGCAGGCGGGGACCGCGAGCACGAACGAGCCGCUGGAUCCGCGCGCGGCAGCCCUGCUCGCGGAGGGCGCGGCGCUGCAGGACCUCCCCGCGCUGGGUGCGGACGACGCGGUGGUGGCGUCGGGCACGGAGCUGACGUCGGUCCUGCUGAUGCAGCCGCAGGAGCGCAACAUGGCGGGGAAGGUCUUCGGCGGCCACCUGAUGGGCCGCGCGUACGAGCUCGGCUUUGCGGCCGCGCUGGUGUUCUCGGGGUCGAAGCCGUCGCUGGUCGAGGUGGGCGCGGUGACGUUCGACCGGCCCGUCGAGGUGGGCGACCUGAUCAAGUUCACGGCGACGGUGCUGCACACGCGGCGCGUCGGGGACGCGAGUCGCGUGUUCGUGGAGGUGGAGGCGCACCGCAUGAACCCGCGCGAGGUGGUGAGCGAGGUGACGAACCGGUUCCGGUUCGAGUACGAGGUGGAGGGGGGCGUGAAGCGCGUGCUGCCCGCGACGGAGGAGCAGGCGCGGAAGCUGAUGCGGUAUCUGUGA